AUGGCGGAAACUAAACAGAAUCGACAUUUUAAUUCAAUUAAAAUAGGGGAAUUAUUGUCUAUUUCAACAAGACCAGAAUUAGGUCCAACCGAUAUAUUAUAUGAAUAUCAACAAUACCUUGAGGGAUAUUUUACUAAAACAUUGUCAGUGAGAAAAGAAAAACCUAAAUAUAUUGUUUGUGAUGAAAAGUCAAAAUUGUUAUUAGAGUUAACUGUUGGUACUGAGUUACAAAACCCAAAAUAUUCGAUAGAAGAUAUAUUAUUACCAUCAGAAGUAAAUAAUUAUAGAAGAGAUGUUACAAAUUUUAUUUUUUUAGCAAGUGACAUUGAAGGAUAUAAACAAAUAGCAGAAGCAAUGAAAAAGAUUCGGUCUAAUAAUCAGAGUGAACUUAAUGAUGAUAGUUUAAUUGAGAAUUUUACAGUAUUACGUCCAUUUGGUACAGAAAUGUGGGAUAUAGAAAUGAUUAAUUUUUGUGAAAUGACACGAUGUAAAAUAGAAAGAUUGCCUAUUAUUCUUCCUCUUGUUCAAGAAGAUGUUUUGUCAAUGCAAAUUGAUGAUGCAUUUGUUAGAAUUUAUUCUAAUUUUGAUUUAGGAAUUUUACAAUUAUGUGCUGAAGGAAUAAACGAUCUUCAAAAGGUUAUUGGUAGAUUUCCACGCAUUCAUUCAUUAGGAAAAUUAUCACGAAAACUUAAUAUAAUGAUAUCAAAUCCUAUAGGUGAAACUGGAAUCUCAACAAGAUUUAGUGAUUGUUUUAUUUUUGAUAGAACAGAUGAUUUGAUAACUCCUCAUAUGCAAGGAUAUAAUUAUUAUUCAAUGCUUGAUAGAGUGGAAGACAUUAAUGGAGAUAUGACAACAGUAACUGUUGAUUCUUCUCUUCUAAUCAAAGCAACAAAAUAUAAUAGAUUAGAAGAAGUUUUAAAAGGAAAGAUGGAAACUAUAUUUCCUUUACAUGGAAAUAAUUUUAGUAGAUUAAGAGAUUUACAAUUUAAUACAUUUCCUGAUGAAAUUAAACAAAUGACAAGUGAAUUUUCUGAAGAGACAUUAAGUACAACUGAUGCAAGAGAAUCAAAAACAAGAACAAAAAUGUUACUUGAGAUGUUACCAAAACAAUUUGCAGCAUUUAUGUUUUUUGAUUGUCAUAAUAAAUUUUAUCAAGAAAUAUUAGCACUUGCAAGAUCAAUUGAUUUUAGAAGAGAAAGAGAUGAACAAUUAGAAUAUAUAUUAAAAUCAUUUGAUUCAUCAACAUUUUCUUAUUUUAGUGAUUAUGACCCAUUUAGUAAAAUAGAAGAUAUGAUUUAUGAUAGUCCUACAAUGGAAACAUUUCUACAAACAUCUCGUGUAUUUUGUAAAUAUGCAUUUCCUGAUAAUCUUGCAAGAGUAUUAAGUCGUAUUUGUUUUUUAUGUGGAUUGUUUGGUGGAAUUAAAUCAAAUCAAUUGGAUAAUAUCAAAAAGUUAUUAAUGCAAUUCUAUGGUGUUUGGGUUGCUUCUGUAUUUGCUAAAAUGGAAGCAUGUGGAUUAAUUUAUAGAAAUGAUGGUCAAGUUAAAAGAAGGUCAUUUGCUGAUAUACACCGAUGUGUUAAUUCAAUAAGUAAAGAAAGUGAUUUUAUUGGAGAGAAAGAGUCAUUAAAAGCACUUGAUGGUAUUUAUGACCAUUACCAACCAUUAAUUGUUAAUUAUAUUAAUGAUUAUUUUAUGAGAAUAACUGGAGAAUAUACUACCCCAGUUAAAGAAACAAACAGAGGAUUUUUUGAUGAAGAUGAAGAAGCACCACCUUCAAAAGAAAGUGUUGAUACCUCAACUUGUCGUUUUGAUAGUUUAUUUGCUCCAGAUGAAAAGACACUUACAAAAAAUGUUGGAGAAGUUAAUCCAAGAUCAGAUCAUAUUUUUGUUUUUGUUAUUGGAGGAAUUUCAUUAGGAGAAAUCUCUAUGUUAAAAUUAAUUGGUGAACGUUAUAACAAGAAGGUUAUCAUUGCAAGUACGAAUGUGUUUAGAAGAACACAAUCAAUUCCUCAUCAAUUCAUUGAAUCAUGUAAAGAAGAAUAUGAGUUAAUAUCAACUAAAGCAAAUUAA